AUGGUUGACCGCUGUUCCCGAUUGAAUUUCCACAUUUUCCAGUUUCUCCUCUCCAUUUUAGGCCGUAUUCGCAUCCUCUGGAAAGCCUAUUACCCAGUUGCCGAUCGAAUGGUUGAGCGGUCUUACUGCCAUCUAACGACCUCCCUACUCAUCGCUGGUGAUCCGGCAAAACGGACGGGUAAUUUUCUCCUGAUUCUGUUGGGCAUCUUCUCGCCCCUAAAGUUGGACCUUGCCUGUUCCGCCGCUAAACUAAUGUUCAGCGCCAGUCUUCGACUUCCUGGUCAGAUUAACUUUCCAGCCCCUCGUUGUGCGAUCGGGGAUCCAACCGACCUCCUACGCCAUCUCCGGCAGUUCACGCAGGCACUCUCUCUAGUCCUACUCAGUCUCCAAGUCCUGCUUCGAGUAAGCCUCGGUGACAUGCCUCCCUUCGAACGGUCAUUGAGGCCACCCUUCUAUGUUGUCUCUCUAGAGACGAAGACAUUCCGCUUGCAGCGCAGAACUUUCGGGGAUAACGUGGGCGUGGACCGCAUCAAAACUGCUCUUUCGGCCAUUCCUCCGGACGAGCCCUGUAGUCUCUAUCUCACUGCUACAUCCCUCCCUAUCCUCUAG